UCAACUUGAAAAAAUUAUUUUGUUUAAUGAAAUCUGAAUACACAAUUGAAAUUCCUAAACCUUAUUCAUUAUAUACAAAACCCUAAAAAAAACUAUAACUAAUUUGAAAGAACAUAUAUAUAUAUAUAUAUAUAUAUAUAUAUAUAUAACAGCAACCACCGGAGAGUUAAAUCGGCCGACUCAACGAUUCAGCUUGGUCCGUUCCUGAGAUGGAACAGCAACCGGACCAUGUCCGACCCGAACAACCGGAGCUCGACCUCUACACCAUUCCAAGCCACUCCAGUUGGUUUUUGUGGGACGAAAUCCAUGACACUGAGAGAAUUUAUCUGAAAGAGUUCUUUGAUGGAAGCUCAUUCUCAAGAACCCCAAAAAUUUACAAAGAGUAUAGGGAUUUCAUUAUCAACAAGUACAGGGAAGAUCCAUCUAGAAGGCUUACGUUCACUGAGGUUCGUAAAUCUCUGGUGGGUGAUGUUAAUUUGCUCCGUAGGGUUUUUCUUUUUCUUGAGAAGUGGGGUUUGAUUAAUUUUGGUGCAUCAUCUUCGGGUGGUGAUGAAGAUGGUUCUGAGGUUUUGGUUGAAGAGGGGUCUAAGGUUAAGACCGAAGAAGGAGUACCAAAUGGGAUUCGAGUGGUUGCAAUGCCCAAUUCGAUCAAACCCAUUACAGCUCAAGCUACUACGGGGAAUAAUAAGAAGGAACCGGUUCAUUAUGGAGUUAAAUUGCCUCCUCUUACAUCCUAUACAAACCAUUUUGCUGAUUUAAUAAAACAGAAGGAGCUGGUUUGUGGCAACUGUGGUGAUCGCUGUCCUUCUGGUUCUGGAUACUAUAAGUAUACCAAGGGCGAUUUCUUGAUUUGCACUAAAUGUUUCAAAAAUGAAAGUUACGGGGAGAAUAAGUCAGUUGAAGAUUACACCUUUAUUGAGUCCAAUCAAGACAGCGGUCAUCAUGAAGCUGUCUGGAAUGAGUCUGAAACACUGCUUCUCUUAGAAUCUGUUAUGAAGUAUGGGGAUGACUGGGAACUUGUUGCUCAAAAUGUUCCCACCAAGAACAAACUUGAUUGCAUUGCUAAACUCAUUGAGCUACCUCUUGGGGAGAUUUUGGGCUCUGCUUCUGCUACCAAUAAAAAAGUUAAUUCCAAUGAUGUCAAUGGCAACUUGAACAGUUCGAAGCAGGUUGAAUUAAUCUCAUCCGAGAAUGAAGAAAUUGUCAAAACUGGGGAACAACAAGAUGAGAAGAUAAAUGCGGGUGAACAGAAUGGAGAUACCGUGGAACAUGUACCUCCUCUUAAAAGACAACGAAUCGAUUCCUUAUCAGGUCUUGGUGGUUCACUGAUGAAAAAGGUAGCUCUUUUGUCAACCGAGGUUGGACCCCAUAUCACUGCUGCUGCAGCUGAGGCUGCUGUUACUGCUUUGUGUGAGGAGAUUUCAUGUCCAAAGGAGUUAUUUUACGGUGAUGAUGAUUCGGUAACUAAUGAGCUACACACUCGGAUUCCAGAUACCGAAAGGGUCUUGGAGGUUGAAGAUGCAAUGAUGGAAGGAGGGCCUACUCAAUCAGAUAAUCAGGGCAAGUCAGUUGAGAAAGAUGAUAUACCAUUGACAUUGCAAGUUAGAACGGCUGUCGCAACGGCACUUGGUGCAGCUGCUGCUCGUGCAAAAUUAUUGGCUGAUCAAGAAGAAAGGGAGAUGGAGCAUCUAGUGGCAACUAUAAUUGGGACUGAGAUGAAGAAGUUGAAUUGCAAAAUCAAGCAUUUUGAAGACUUGGAGGUAAUGAUGAAGAAGAAGCAUGCUGAAAUGGAGGAAAUGGAAGAGAUUCUUUUAGAAGAGCGAAUCGAUGUUUUACAAAAGGCAUUUACUGCUGGUAUACCUAGAUGGAAGGAUCACCCUUCUGUUAAAUCUUAGAAUGCUUCUACAUAUUGUCAUGUAAUGUAAGAGUAGGAGGAGGAUUCGAAGUAGUCGACAAUGUAAUCCGAUGCAUUCUCGAAGCUUACUAGUUUGCCCUAUUUUGUUCAAUCCAUUAACUUGGAAAAGAAAUGCUUGUACUUCUACCUUCACAGUUGGACAUGUAAAUUAGGGUUGAAUUGUUUGUAACUAGUAAAAAUGCCAAAAUUUGGAGAUAACUGUGCUCUUUCUCUUAAUCCAUAUAUGCUGGCGUGCUCUUUCAACCAAGCAUGAAUUGGGCA